CGCAUGCGCCGGUAAUGGUCCGGGGGUCGGGCACUGCUUCAGGCGGAGAGACAGCGGGGGAUGGAGAGGGAGUGACCCGGGGACCGGCUGCUAACGGGGCCGGAUGUAAUAAUUAGACAAACUCUGCUUCCUAAAGGUACGACUUGCAGCCAUACUUUUUAUCAUCAAAUUCACAUCAGUCGCCACAAUGGUUGCCGUGUCACUGAAGAUUUGCGUCCGGCAAUGCAAUGUCGUGAAGACCAUGCAAUUUGAACCAUCUACUGCUGUGUAUGAUGCCUGCCGGAUCAUCCGAGAAAGAGUCCCCGAAGCCCAAACUGGCCAAGCAUUCGACUACGGCCUGUUCUUAUCAGAUGAAGACCCCAGAAAAGGAAUUUGGCUGGAGGCUGGCCGGACCCUGGAUUAUUACAUGCUAAGGAAUGGGGAUGUCCUGGAAUAUAAAAAGAAGCAGCGGCCCCAGAAGAUUCGAAUGUUGGACGGAGCAGCCAAGAUGAUCAUGGUGGACGACUCAAAGACUGUGGGAGAACUUCUGGUCACCAUCUGCAGUAGGAUAGGUAUAACAAAUUAUGAAGAAUAUUCCUUGAUCCGUGAGACCAUCGAGGAGAAGAAAGAAGAGCCUACCGGAACGCUAAAGAAAGAUCGAACGCUGCUCCGAGAUGAAAAGAAAAUGGAAAAACUCAAGGCAAAGCUUCAUACUGAGGAUGAGUUGAACUGGCUGGAUCACAGCCGCACGUUCCGGGAACAAGGUGUUGAUGAGAAUGAAACCCUGCUCCUUCGUCGAAAGUUCUUCUACUCUGAUCAGAAUGUGGAUUCUAGGGAUCCCGUGCAGCUUAAUCUACUGUAUGUUCAGGCACGUGAUGACAUUUUGAAUGGAUCUCACCCAGUGUCAUUUGACAAAGCCUGCGAGUUUGGGGGCAUCCAAACGCAGAUCCAGUUUGGACCCCACGUGGAAGUGAAACACAAACCUGGAUUUUUAGACCUGAAGGAGUUUCUUCCGAAGGAAUACAUCAAACAAAGAGGAUCAGAGAAGAAGUUAUUUCAGGAACAUAAAAAUUGUGGUGAAAUGACUGAAAUUGAGGCCAAGGUGAAAUACGUGAAGUUAGCUCGAUCCCUGCGCACUUACGGAGUCUCAUUCUUCCUGGUUAAGGAGAAAAUGAAGGGGAAGAACAAACUAGUGCCACGUCUGCUGGGGAUCACCAAGGAAUCAGUCAUGCGAGUAGAUGAGAGAACUAAAGAAGUGCUGCAGGAAUGGCCCCUGACCACCGUCAAACGCUGGGCUGCAUCUCCUAAAAGUUUCACACUGGAUUUUGGGGAGUAUCAAGAAAGUUAUUACUCCGUGCAGACGACAGAAGGAGAGCAAAUAUCUCAGCUUAUUGCCGGCUAUAUUGAUAUUAUACUUAAGAAGAAACAAAGCAAGGACAGAUUUGGGCUGGAUGGAGAUGAAGAAUCAACAAUGUUAGAGGAGUCUGUCUCGCCAAAAAAGUCUACCAUUCUACAGCAGCAACAGCUCACCCGACCAGGGAGGCCCGAGCAUGGUACAGUAGCUCUGCCGGCCAUUAUACGUUCAGGAUCCAGCGGACCAGAAACAUUCAACAUGGGAACUAUGCCAUCUGCACAGCAACAGCUCACCACCGGACAGAUAUACAGAGGACACAUGCCGCCUCUGUCUUCUGCUCAACAGGCUUUAAUGGGGACCAUAAAUACAAGCAUGCACGCUGUGCAGCAAGCCCACAAUGACCUCAGCCAGGUGGACAAUCUACCCCCUCUUGGACAUGACAUGGCAUCAAGAGUUUGGAUUCAGAACAAGGUUGAUGAGUCGAAACAUGAGAUUCAUUCCCAGGUUGAUGCCAUCACCGCAGGAACGGCGUCUGUAGUGAACCUGACGGCCGGGGAUCCAGCAGAGACGGACUACACCGCAGUGGGUUGUGCGAUCACCACUAUCUCAUCCAACUUAACGGAAAUGUCAAAGGGUGUGAAGCUGUUGGCCGCACUGAUGGAAGAUGAGGUCGGGAGUGGAGAGAAGCUGUUGGGGGCAGCAAGAACUCUGGCUGGUGCUGUCUCUGACCUCCUCACUGCUGUGCAGCCGUCCUCUGAAGAGCCACGCCAGACUGUACUCACAGCAGCUGGCAGCAUUGGUCAGGCCAGCGGGGAUCUGCUACGUCAAAUUGGGGAAAAUGAGGCUGAUGAGAGGUUCCAGGAUGUAUUGAUGAGCUUGGCAAAAGCUGUUGCUAAUGCCGCUGCCAUGUUAGUCUUAAAAGCCAAGAAUGUGGCGCAAGUGACAGAGGACACAGUGUUACAAAACAGGGUGAUUGCAGCCGCCACUCAGUGCGCCCUCUCCACAUCUCAGCUGGUCGCCUGUGCCAAGGUGGUGAGUCCGACCAUCAGUUCCCCAGUUUGCCAGGAACAGUUGAUUGAGGCUGGAAAAUUAGUCGACCGUUCCGUGGAUAACUGUGUGCGUGCGUGUCAAUCGGCCACAGAGGAUCUAGAGUUGUUGAAGCAAGUCGGAGCUGCAGCUAGCGUUGUCAGCCAGGCCCUCAAUGAUCUCUUGCAGCACGUUCGCCAAUUUGCAAGUCGUGGAGAGCCAAUUGGACGCUACGACCAAGCCACGGAUACGAUCAUGUCAGUCACUGAGAGCAUCUUCAGCUCUAUGGGUGAUGCUGGUGAAAUGGUGCGGCAGGCACGGGUGCUGGCCCAGGCUACAUCUGAUUUAGUGAAUGCCAUGAGAUCAGACGCAGAAGCUGAGAUAGACAUGGACAAUUCCAAGAAGCUUUUGGCAGCUGCUAAACUUCUGGCUGAUUCCACAGCUCGUAUGGUGGAGGCUGCAAAGGGAGCUGCAGCAAACCCUGAAAAUGAAGAUCAACAGCAACGGCUGAGAGAAGCUGCCGAGGGACUGCGAGUUGCCACUAAUGCGGCCGCCCAGAACGCAAUCAAGAAAAAAAUUGUUAAUCGUCUGGAGGCUGCUGCUAAGCAGGCGGCGGCAGCUGCGACACAGACAAUUGCUGCCUCUCAGAAUGCCUCCAUCUCCAAUAAGAACAUGUCAGCCCAUCAACAGCUGGUGCAGAGCUGUAAGGCUGUCGCAGACCAUAUCCCUCAACUGGUGCAAGGAGUGCGGGGCAGCCAAGCACAGACAGAGGAUCUAAGUGCACAGCUCACGCUAAUAGUCUCCAGCCAGAACUUCUUGCAGCCUGGAAGUAAGAUGGUGGCUUCUGCCAAGGCCGCUGUACCUACUGUGACAGACCAAGCAGCUGCUAUGCAGCUAGGACAGUGUGCCAAGAACCUUGCUACCAGCUUAGCUGAGCUCCGUACUGCUGCUCAGAAGGCUCAUGAAGCCUGUGGUCCAAUGGAAAUCGAUUCGGCUUUAAAUGCUGUGCAAACAUUGAAGAAUGAACUGCAGGAUGCCAAAAUGGCUGCCUCCGACCGGCAGCUGAAACCACUUCCAGGAGAGACGCUGGAGAAAUGCUCGCAGGACCUCGGUAGCACGUCUAAAACCGUUGGUUCAUCCAUGGCUCAGCUUCUGACAUGUGCAGCCCAGGGGAAUGAGCAUUACACAGGUGUCGCGGCAAGGGAGACGGCACAGGCUUUGAAGACACUAGCGCAGGCAGCUCGGGGAGUGGCCGCGUCCACGAGUGAUCCACAGGCUGCCAGUGACAUGCUGGAUUCUGCCAGAGAUGUUAUGGAUGGUUCUGCCAAGCUCAUCCAGGAAGCCAAGCAAGCUCUGGUUGCGCCAGGGGAUGCGGAGAUACAGCAGAGACUAGCCCAGGUUGCCAAAGCUGUCUCGCAUUCCCUGAAUAACUGCGUGAACUGUCUGCCUGGCCAGAAGGAUGUGGAUAUAGCUCUGAAAAGCAUUGGGGAGUCCAGCAAGAAGCUUCUGGUAGAUAUGCUUCCUCCAAGCACAAAGUCUUUCCAAGAGGCCCAGAGCGGCCUGAAUCAGGCAGCGGAGGAUCUGAACCAGUCCGCAGGAGAAGUGGUCCAUGCCUCGCGUGGCCAGAGUGGAGAACUAGCUGCUGCAUCUGGCAAAUUUAGUGAGGACUUUGAUGAGUUCCUGGAUGCUGGCAUUGAGAUGGCUGGGCAAACGCCGAAUAAAGAUGACCAGAUGCAGGUGAUAGGCAAUUUGAAGACAAUAUCGAUGGCUAGCAGCAAGCUGCUCCUGGCUGCCAAGUCUUUAUCUGUGGAUUCUGGGGCUCCCAGUGCCAAGAACCUGCUAGCCGCAGCAGCAAGGGCCGUGACGGAGAGCAUAAACCAACUGAUUAGCCUGUGCACGCAGCAAGCUCCUGGACAGAAGGAAUGCGACAAUGCGCUGCGGGAGCUCGAGACAGUGAAGAGUAUGUUGGAAAAUCCAAAUGAGCCGGUCAGUGACCUGUCCUAUUUUGACUGCAUUGAAAGUGUGAUGGAAAAUUCAAAGGUCCUUGGAGAAUCUAUGGCUGGUAUCUCUCAAAAUGCCAAAACAGGGGACUUGCCUGUAUUUGGAGAAUGUGUUGGUGUAGCCUCCAAAGCUUUGUGUGGUCUGACAGAGGCUGCUGCCCAGGCGGCCUACUUGGUUGGUAUUUCCGAUCCGAAUAGUCAAGCGGGUCAGCAAGGCUUGGUGGACCCUGUUCAGUUUGCAAGAGCCAAUCAAGCUAUCCAGAUGGCUUGUCAGAAUCUAGUAGAUCCAGCAAGCAGCCCGUCUCAGGUGCUAUCAGCUGCCACCAUAGUAGCCAAACACACGUCAGCACUAUGCAAUGCUUGCCGCAUUGCUUCCUCCAAGACUGCCAACCCUGUAGCUAAGAGACACUUUGUUCAAUCGGCCAAAGAGGUGGCGAACAGCACAGCCAACCUUGUGAAAACAAUCAAGACCCUGGAUGGAGACUUUUCUGAUGACAAUCGGGAGAAAUGCAGUACUGCAACCGCUCCUCUUAUCUCGGCUGUGGAAAACCUGACUGCCUUCGCCUCAAACCCUGAAUUUGCCAGCAUUCCGGCCCAGAUCAGCUCUGAAGGUUCCCGAGCUCAAGAGCCUAUUUUAGUGUCUGCUGUCACUAUGCUAGAAAGUUCAUCUUCACUCAUCAAGACAGCCCGGUCACUAGCCAUCAAUCCUAAGGACCCUACUACCUGGUCCAGCCUUGCUGCUCAUUCUCGCACUGUCUCUGAUUCCAUCAAGAGCCUGAUCACCUCCAUCAGAGAUAAAGCCCCAGGACAGAGAGAAUGUGAUCAGUCCAUCGACAGCAUCAAUCGUAGCAUAAGAGAUAUUGAGCAGGCAUCACUUGCAAGUGUCAGCCAGAACCUAGCCAUGCGGGACGACAUCUCACUCGAGGCUCUGCAGGAGCAGCUAACAUCAGUGGUUCAGGAAAUCGGUCACCUCAUUGAUCCCAUAACCACAGCAGCGAGGGGAGAAGCUGCUCAACUGGGACACAAGGUCACCCAGCUUGCCCGCUACUUUGAGCCACUGAUCUUAUCAGCCGUUGGAGUGGUCUCCAAGAUCCAUGACCAUCAGCAGCAGUUGACCGUGUUGGAUCAAACCAAAACCUUGGCGGAGUCUGCCCUGCAGAUGUUAUACGCUGCCAAGGAGGGUGGAGGGAAUCCCAAGGCGGCCCACACUCAUGACGCAAUAGCAGAGGCUGCUCAGUUGAUGAAGGAGGCUGUGGAUGAUCUAAUGAUUACGCUGAAUGAGGCCGCCAGUGAAGUUGGCAUGGUUGGAGGCAUGGUGGAUUCCAUUGCUGAAGCUAUGAGUAAGCUUGAUGAAGGAACGCCCCCAGAACCCACAGGAACCUUUGUAGAUUACCAGACCACAAGUGUUAAAUACUCCAAAGCCAUUGCGGUUACUGCUCAGGAGAUGAUGACCAAGUCGGUGACCAACCCUGAAGAACUAGGAGGUUUGGCCUCUCAGGUGACCAAUGACUAUGGAAAUCUAGCUGUGCAAGGUCGCAUGGCCGCUGCCACUGCAGAACCUCAGGAGGUUGGAUUUCAAAUUAAAACCCGUAUUCAGGAUUUAGGACAUGGCUGCAUCUUCUUGGUACAGAAAGCUGGAGCCCUGCAGAUCUGCCCUUCAGACAGCUACACUAAGCGGGAAUUGAUUGAAUGUGCUAGAGCGGUUACUGAGAAGGUGUCGUUGGUAUUGUCGGCCUUGCAGGCUGGUAACAAAGGGACGCAGGCCUGCAUUACUGCUGGCAGCGCCGUGUCCGGCAUCAUUGCUGACCUGGACACAACCAUCAUGUUUGCCACAGCUGGUACCCUGAACUCUGAAAACAAGGAAUCCUUCGCUGAUCACAGGGAGAACAUACUUAAAACUGCCAAGGCUCUCGUAGAAGACACAAAACUGCUGGUUUCAGGGGCAGCGUCCAGUCAAGACAAGCUUGCACAGGCCGCACAGUCGUCAGCCAACACCAUCACACAGCUGGCAGAAGUGGUGAAGCUGGGGGCAGCAAGCUUAGGCUCAGAUGAUCCCGAAACGCAGCUUUAUAUCUAUCUGCAAAUAAGACGCCCUGGCCUGGAAUCGGUAUUCCAAAUGAACACGGAGCAAUGCCGGGUGGUGCUCAUCAAUGCCAUCAAGGAUGUCGCAAAAGCACUGGGGGACUUAAUCGGAGCCACUAAGGGUGCAGCCGGGAAGGCGGCCGAUGACCCCUCCAUGUACCAGCUGAAGAGUGCAGCCAAGGUUAUGGUCACAAAUGUGACUUCCUUGCUGAAGACUGUGAAAGCCGUGGAGGAUGAAGCCACACGUGGCACAAGAGCUUUAGAAGCCACCAUUGAGCACAUCAAGCAAGAGUUAACGGUCUUUCAGUCCAAGGAGGCUCCCGAGAAGACUUCAUCCCCUGAGGAAUCCAUCCGCAUGACAAAAGGAAUCACCACCGCAACCGCCAAAGCUGUGGCAGCUGGAAACUCAUGUAGACAGGAUGAUGUGAUUGCCACCGCUAAUCUGAGCCGCAAAGCGGUAACAGAUAUGUUGACCGCCUGCAAGCAAGCCGUGUACCACCCAGAUGUCAGCAUCGAUACGAGGGAUCGGGCCUUGCGAUAUGGGACAGAAUGCACCCUGGGUUACCUGGAAAUGUUGGAACAUGUUUUAUUGGUUCUGCAAAAGCCAAGUCCAGAAGGGAAGCUGCAGCUCUCUGUAUUCUCAAAACGUAUCGCCUCAGCCGUGACCGAGCUUAUACAGACCACGGAAACCAUGAAAGGUACGGAGUGGGUGGACCCUGAGGACCCGACCGUAAUCGCUGAAACAGAACUCCUUGGGGCUGCAGCGUCUAUCGAGGCAGCCGCUAAAAAGCUGGAGCAGCUGAAACCCAGGGCCAAACCCAGACAAGCAGACGAGACACUGGACUUUGAGGAGCAGAUCCUAGAAGCUGCCAAGUCUAUCGCAGCUGCCACAAGUGCGCUGGUGAAAUCGGCAUCGGCUGCUCAGAGGGAGCUGGUCGCACAAGGCAAGGUUGGUGCCAUUGCCGCCAAUGCAGCCGACGAUGGUCAGUGGUCUCAAGGACUCAUUUCAGCCGCCAGGAUGGUGGCUGCAGCAACCAGCAACCUGUGUGAAUCGGCCAACGCCUCAGUGCAGGGCCACGCCAGUGAGGAGAAACUGAUCUCCUCUGCCAAGCAAGUAGCAGCCUCCACUGCCCAGCUCCUGGUGGCCUGCAAGGUGAAAGCUGAUCAAGAUUCUGAAGCCAUGAGGAGACUCCAGGCUGCUGGAAAUGCUGUGAAACGUGCAUCCGAUAAUCUAGUGAGAGCAGCACAGAAGGCGGCCUUCAGCAAAGCGGAGGACGACGACGUGGUGGUCAAGACAAAGUUUGUAGGAGGAAUUGCACAGAUCAUCGCUGCUCAGGAGGAAAUGCUAAAGAAGGAGAGAGAGCUGGAAGAAGCACGUAAAAAACUAGCACAGAUUCGCCAACAGCAAUACAAAUUCCUGCCAUCAGCCCUUAGAGAGGAGGAGAGUUAGAGAUCAGGCCUACUGUAAGGACUUUCUACUGCCGUUCCUGGAGAUGAUGCCUGUCUGGCAAACGCUGAGGAAGAAGACAAAAAUAGCUGGAAGCUUUGCCAAGCUGUAGCCAUCUGGAUGCCCACAGGGUGUGGGAAAGUUGGCGGUGCACAGCUGUUACACUUCCGAGACUUACAGUAUUAUUUCCCAAGGUGGACAUACACAAGUAUAUAAGUAAAAGAAUAUAUAAAUAUAUAUAAUAAAAACACACCACUCCACCAGAUCCAUUUGAAACUCCGAUGGGAAGGGUUCCUCCUGCGCAGAAGAACCAUGGUUUUAAAGAGCAUCAACCCUUCAUGAAACCUCUUCACUGCCGGAGGUUCCUGCGAUACAAUUCAGAACAGAAAAGGGGGUUAAACUACCUGUUAUUUUUUUGUUUUUUUGUUUUUUCUCUUCUAGUAAGUUUUACAGUAUGAAUUGGUCACUGGAACAGUUCUUUAUCCUAAAAUGAUGUACACAAAGCCUCUUGGGAAUAAAAGACACUUGUAAUGAA